CUCUUUCAGAUUUGAACAUCUUAUCGUGUACAACUGCGACUUCAUGGCGGCGCUAGAUUGGGGUUGCUCUUCUUCCUCCUCUGCCUUCACUACUGGAUCUUCAAGCUACGAUGUGUUUCUCAAUUUCAGGGGCAAAGAUACCCGCAAUAAUUUCACUGGUUUCCUUUACAAAGCUCUAAAAGACGGAGGAAUCAAUGUCUUUAUUGAUAGUCAAAAUUUGUGGACGGGAGAAGCCGUUGGCCCUGCACUUGGUAGAGCGAUCGAGGGUUCCAAAAUCUCAAUCCCUAUCUUCUCUAAAGGUUAUGCGCAUAGCAAAUGGUGUCUGCGGGAACUUUCUCACAUAGUUCAGUGCCACAGAUCAAAAGGUCAAUUGGUCCUGCCCAUAUUCUUCCAUGUUGAUCCAUCUCAUGUUCGGAAUCAGACCGGAAGAUUUAAGGCAGCAUUUCAGGAACACAAGAAGAAUUUCACCCACGAUAUCGUAAAGGGUUGGAAGGAUGACUUGGAAGUGGUAGGGAAUUUGAAAGGAGAAGUUCUAGACGAAACUAGGGAUCAAGCAGAGCUAGUUGAAUUAGUUGUCAAAAGGGUCCUGGGUGAAUUGGUCAAUACUACGCACUUGGCUUUAUGCAAAUACCCUAUUGGAAUAAAUUCCCCUCUGAACAAUGUGCUAUCUUUAUUAGAUAUUGGUUCCAAUGAUGUUCAGUUCGUAGGAAUCUGUGGUUUCGGUGGCAUUGGGAAGACAACUAUUGUCAAAGCCGUCUACAAUGACAUCUUCUUAAACUUCAAUAGGCAUAGUUUUCUUUCAGAUGUCAAAGAACAAGCAAUGCAAGGCAUGGGUCUAGUGUCUUUGCAGAAGCAACUUCUUAAAGAUAUCUUCAGAAUGGACAUUGACAUAGCUAAUUAUCAUAGAGGAAAAAAAUUGAUAGAAGAAAGACUUUGUAAGGAAAAAGUUCUUCUUGUUCUUGAUGACGUGGACAAUCAAGAACAGAUAGAUGCAUUGGCUGGUGAACUCAAUUGGUUUGGUCAAGGAAGUAGGAUCAUAAUAACAACCAGAGAUGAGCAUAUUUUGAAUGUGGCUAAAAUUAGUAAAGAUAAAACAUAUUGGCCCCAAGUUCUAGACCAUAAGGAAUCUCUUCAACUAUUUAGUUUGCAUGCCUUUUCAAUGGACCAACCUCCUAAUGAUUACAUUCAACUUUCAUAUGAUGUAGCAUGCUAUUCGGGAGGGUUACCUUUAACUCUAGAGGUGUUGGGCUCUUACCUAGCAGACAUAACUGACAAAGAACUGUGGGAAAGUACAUUACAAAAGUUGAAAAAAAUUCCUCAUGAAAGGGUCCAAAGAAGGUUGAAGAUAAGCUAUGAUAAUCUAGAAGACCAUUAUCAGAAAGCAAUAUUCCUUGAUGCUGCAUGUUUUUUCAUUGGAUGGGACAAAGAAACCCUAAUUUCCAUAUGGGAAGCUUGUGGCUAUUUUCCUAAAUCAGCAAUAAUCAGACUAAUUAAAAGGUCCCUUCUAAAAUUUGAAGAUAAUGAGUAUGGUUGCUGCUGCUUGAGGAUGCACGAUCAAAUUCGAGACAUGGGAAGGGAUAUUGUCAAAGAAGAAAACCUUAUGGAGCCUGGUAAGCGUAGUAGGUUAUGGUCUCAUGGAGAAAUCUUGGAAGUAAUAAAAGGAUACAAGGGAACUGACAUGAUAAAAGGCAUGAUUCUUCGCUCUAGCAUGUUGAGUGAUUAUUUAUCUAGUGAACACUUUGUGAACAUGUCCAAUCUAAGAUUUCUAGGCAUUGAUUCAGCGAAGUUCAAUGGAGAUUUUUCACGCCUUCCUUCUGAGUUAAGAUCACUCAUUUGGGAGUGCAAAACUUGUGAUGUUCUACCAACCAAUUUUUUUCAUAAGAGACUAGUUUAUCUCAACCUUUCAUCGAGUGAGAUUAAACAAGCUUGGAACAUUGAGCCUCAAAAUGAAAAUAAGCAGUUCCAAGAGUUGAAAGUUCUCGAUCUUAAUGACUGUAGAUAUCUAUAUAUGUCCCCAAACUUUUCAUUGUUUCCUUGCUUGGAGCGAUUAGAUCUUGGACAUUGCUAUUCCUUGGAUAAGUUAGAUGAGUCAAUUGGGCAGUUGAGUCAGCUGAAAAGUCUUGUUCUCGAAUCAUGUAACAAACUUAAGAAUUUGCCAGAGUCCAUUGGUGAUCUAAAAUCUCUGGUCAAGCUUGACUUGUCAUGGACACAAAUGGAAGAACUCCCAGACAACAUUUCUAAGCUGAUUUCUCUCAAAGAUCUUAAUCUCAAAUCAUGCAACUCCCUCAAAAAGCUGCCUGAGUCCAUUGGUGACCUUAAAUAUUUGGUUGAGCUCCAAUUGAGUAAUGUUUCAAGACUUAAGCAAUUGCCCGAGUCCAUUGGUGAUUUAAAAUCUUUAGUCAAACUUGACUUGUCGCAGACACAAAUGGAAGAACUCCCAAACAGCAUUUGUAGGCUAAGUUCUCUCAAAGAGCUUAUUCUCAAGGAUUGCAUAUCACCCAAUGAGUUGCCUAAGUCCAUUGGUGAUCUAAAAUCUCUGGUUAAGCUUGAAUUGUCAGGGACACAAAUGGUAGAACUCCCAGAUAGCAUUUGUAGGUUGAGUUCUCUCAAAGAGCUUAUUCUCAGAACAUCACUAAAGAAGUUGCCUAAGUCCAUUGGAGAUCUAAAAUCUCUGGUCAAGCUUGACUUGUCGUGCACACAAAUAAUAGAACUCCCAGAUAGCAUUUCUAGGUUGAGUUCUCUCAAAGAGCUUAUUCUUGAAUUUUGUAAAUCACUCAAGAAGUUGCCUGAGUCCAUUGGUGAUCUAAAAUCGUUAUGCGAGCUCAAAUUGACUAGUGUUUCAGGAAUUAAGGAAUUGCCCAAAGGUGUUGGACUAUUAGAGAAGCUUGAGGUAUUAGAUUGUUGUGAACUAGUGAAGCUACCAGUGUCAAUGGGAAGAAUGAGGUGUUUGCAUAGCGUUAACCUGCAAAGAACCAACAUUACAAAACUUCCUGAUGAUUUUUCAAUGCUCUGGUGGGAGGCUUCCAUCGCUCCCAGCGGAUCUGUCACACUUGAAAAACUUGAAGCAAUUAAAGCUUCGUGAAUGCAAGAUGUUGGAAUACCUCCCAGAGCUUCCCUCAAGUUUAGUUGAACUUUGUUGUGAAUAUUGCAAUUCAUUGGUACGACUACCAAAUUUGUCAAGGCUGAAAAUUUUGAAAAUAUUAAAGCUUAAGUACUGCAAAAAGCUGGAGGAGAUUCAAGGCCUUGAGGGAACAGAAUCCUUGGUUGAAUUCAAUGCGCGAAGAUGCUAUAACUUGACCAUCACUCCAAAUAAAAUACAUGGCCAGGGAACACUUUUACUAGACAGGUCACAAGGAGAUGGUUAUUUUUUGACUGCUAAUGGGAUCAGUAACGAGGGACUAAUUCUUUUCCUUGUUUUGAAAUCCUCCUCCCACUUGUUUAUGAACAAACAGCGUUGGAGAGGAACCAUCAAUUUAGAUAUUUCUGUGUCUAUUCGCCAAAAGGAUAAAACAAUCAGGUGUCUUCAUACGGUAAGAGUAAAGGACGUUGAGUUUAUUAGUCAUCGAGAUAUGAUCUACAUUCACCACUUCAAAGGCUUUGACUGGUUUGGGAUUCCAUUGGAAGGAAAAGAUGCUAUUGAAAUUUUAUAUAUUCGUGGAUACCAUCCGAAUGACGUUGUAGUGAAAUUCUGGAAGAUCUUGUUCAAGACUAGGGAUCCUGACCAGAAAAAUCCUAAUCAACAUUCGAGUGCCAUGAUGGUGGCAGAUUUCUUCAACUGGUCAUCUAUCAAUGAUGAUGAGGCAGCAGGUCCUUCUCUUAGCCCAAGCUUAACACUUUGCUCACGAGUGGAGUUUGAUAGAUCCAAUUAUAAGGAGGAGAAAGGAGGAGAGAUGUUGAGACCUAGCAAGAGAACUUUUCUUCAUGACAACAAUGAUAAUUCAGCAGUUCCUUCUCUUAGCCUGAGCUUAAAAUCUUGGUCACAAGUGGAGGUUCCUAAUGAUAAUUCAGCAGUUCCUUCUCUCUCUCUCUCUCUCUCUCCUCCCCUGUAUAUUUCACAUGCUUUUCUACCCAUUUUGGUAGUGACCCAAAUAAGUGGGUUCAUUCUGUUUUAUAUUCUUGCUUGGCUGACAUUGUUUAAAUUAGUGUUAUUAAAUUGCUUCUCAUGUAUAUUCUGGCAAAAAAAAGUUGAAUUGCUUCCUUUCACGGCAAACUGUCAGGCACUAAGCCAGGGCUGAAACCAGAUUGGGCCUGUGGGAGUGUGAACAUGUUUAAAAUAAUUACUAGGAGUUUGGUAUUUUAGAAUGGUCUGGUUGGUUUUCAUUGAAUUUGCAUCAACCAAUCAAUUUUCAUUUUAAUUAACCAGCCUUGUCAACCUGGCUGGAAGGUUUAUUCCUCCAGUGGUGAUCAAGUUACAUUCAUCAUUUAAUUGCUUGUCUGAAGUUUUUCAGUCCCUUGGGCUUUGAUUUGGUGACUAUUUACUUUCCAGAUUGAUUUAAAUGUUGGUUAAAUAUUGGAUAUCUCCCUUUAUCCAAAUAUAUAUAAUCUGGGACUUGUUGGUGUUGUUUUCAGGUGAAACGUACAUAUUUAGGAUCUCUAUUGUGGGUCUAUCAUACUGCUUUAACUUCAGGAUUCAGGGACACAAUGCUGCUGGUUGAGGUAGCAAUACAUCAUAAUGUUCCCAGGAGAUCAACUAGGUCCAUUGAGCCCAGUUUAGGAUCUCUACCAUGUGGCCGGUUUUGCAUUGUUUUGAUUUUAGUGCUGUAGAAAAUAUAGAAUAAGUAAAAGAGAGGGAGAGAGACCGAGAAAGAAAAGAGUGAGAGAGCCUUUUAAUGUGGGCAGACUCAAUCUUGUAGAUUGGACUACCCUCCUCUUCUUAUUAAAUAGAUAAUUCUCGACUACAAUAGUAGUAGGACAGCUGUCCUACUCUGACUAGGAAUAUGAAACAAACUAGGAAACUAAUUAGCUAACAACUAAUUAAUCUAAUUAGUAAAUUACCACAAGUCCUAGUGUUCUAGGACUCCUACCCCAAUUGGGGAACUAACUUUAUUGUGGAGAGGAGUCUGCGCUAUCUUGCAGUCUCCUCCCUCUCCUAUGAUGCUUUCUAACAAGUGCUAAAGAAAUAAAUGAGUUAGUUGGACUUUCCCAGGCAAUCAACUGGGUCUAGUUUCAUUUCUCUGAUACAUGACCUUGUCAUUUUGUUACUUAUUUUUGUUUCCGAGCUGGCAACUGUUUGCAUUUUCUUUUCCAGGUCCGACCUGCUGAGAUUGACAAUGCACAAUGAUUAUCAGUUGCAGAGUAGCUUAACUGAAAGUGCAGAAAACUACCACACUUUAAUUUUGAACUUUGUUUCCUAUGUCAACAGAUGAGAAGAUAGAAUGAAGGAUUGUCACUAUUUGAUGCAAUCCUUAUUGUCCCCAUGUUUCAAAUAGUUUGGACCUUCUCCAUUUGUACAGGAUUUGUGUAUUUGAGGAAUAACAGUUUAAUCUACAGUAAUGUUUACAACAGUCCUUUACUUUGUUAUGCUGCAUGAAUUAGUCUUACAUCUCAUGCUUAUCACUGGAUCUAUAAAUAGGUCUUUGAUGCAUUGAGGACAACAAUGUUUAUACCAAGAAUGAUGCCUAUGUUCAUAGGCAUUUCUUUGUUGGCACCUGAUGAGUCAAAAGUAGGUGACGCCAAUGAUUCUUUUUAUUUGGGUUCUUCAACAUGUCGGAGCAUUAGCACUGAUAUAGACAUAUACCAUAUGUCAUUUCUUGGAAACAUUACUGAUCUCAUUGUAGCAUUGAAAAUAUAAAACCUUGUUGUUUUCUAUGUUUCCCAUGGAGGAAAAUUGGGAUGUUAGAAAGGAAAAUGUAAUAAUUUCAAAAUCUUGAUUUCUGGUUGAAUGUAUAUCUUAACAUGAGGCACUAUGAACCAGUUUUUCUGAAGAGUAAAGAGUGUUUUAGACAUUUUAGAA